UUAUCAUUCGUUAUUGACGAUUCACGUCGAAUUCUAGAUGGAUUAGAAUAUUUAAAAAAAAGGACGAAUCUGGUUUUAAGACAUGGUUUGAAAAGCAUUCAGAUUUUGAUGAAGCCUCAAUGGAGAAAUCAUUUUUGCAAUUUGCAUGCGAAAAACACCUAUUAAAAGUUGUUGAUUUCCUCAUUAAAAGAAACCCAAACAAAGUAGGUCGUGUUAAAACCCACCCGUUGAUAUUGGCAAUAGAAAAUGGUUACUACCAAAUUGUAGAACGACUUUUACACGCACCAGGUAUUGAAGUACCUCGUGGUGUUCUCAAUGCAGCACUAAAACGUAUCGAUUGGGAUGGUGGUCAUAAAGUUAACUACCAACGCACGUGUGAUAUGAUUCUUGAUAAUUCUAGGGUGGAUGUUAACGAACGCGAUAAGCUCAAUGAUGAUUAUCCAUUGCAUUAUGCUGUGAAAUAUGGAGGAAAGAAAGUUGUGCGUGAAUUACUCCGUCGGAAAGCGUCCUUGGCAAAUAGAGACGAGUUGAACUUUUUGACCAUCACUGAUAUCGAUCAUGAUGUUUUAAAAGAACACCUGGAUUCUUGCAUUGAAACACAUCUAGGUGAUCGAAAGGAUGAAAAUCGGGAAAACAUGUUUUUAACUUUUGACUACACCACUCUCUUCCCUUCACAAGGUCUUAAAAGAAGUGAUUCAGAAUUGCAGAUUUUAAACACAGUGACUAAAGAAUGUGAUGUACUGUUACACCUGACUAAAGAUCCCAGGCUAAAACCGCUACUAAAACAUCCCCUAAUUGAGAGUUUUCUAGAUGUGAAGUGGCGUAAAAUGUGUUCUUUAUUUUGGGCUAAUCUAAUCACGUAUCUACUGUUUUGUGCUUUGUUGCUUUGGUUUAUUUUGAAUAACUAUAAGAAGAUUGGAGGGGUAAACGUAGAUUGGCCAUUCGGGUUACUAUUUGCCAUGUCUAUACUUAUGUCAGUAAGGGAAGUAAUACAAAUGCUGCUUAUGACCAAAAAGUACGUACGAAACACAGAAAAUUGGAUUGAAGUUGGACUGCUCAUUGUUAUUUACAUCAUGUUGUUUUGUUCAUCAACUUUGCUUCGACGAUCUAUGUUUUCGAUUGCAAUUUUAUUAGCUGCAUUGGAACUGCUAUUUCUUCUUGGAAGUGCUCCAGGAUUGUCUACUUAUAUUGUUAUGCUUCGAACUGUUACUUUUAGCUUUGUUAAGUUUCUGUUGUUUUACGCUAUUUUGAUAAUUGCGUUUGCGUUUUCUUUUUUAACUCUCUUCAGCAAGACUUCUGACGAAAAUGAAGUUUCGGAUGCUAGUUUGAAUACAACAGAAUUACCAACUAAAAUCGCAAAAUCAAAAGAGAACACAGCUUUCUUUUCGAAUAUUUAUCUUGCUUUAUUCAAAACAUUAAUUAUGCUUACUGGAGAGUUCGAAACUGGCGAUUUAGAUUUUGCCACGCUGCCAUAUGUUUCACAUUUUGUUUUUAUCAUGUUUGUUGUUUUGAUUGCGAUUGUUCUACUUAAUUUACUCACUGGUUUGGCCGUGAGUGAUACGCAAGAGAUCAAAAAUGAAGCCAAGUUGGUUGCACUAACUGCUCGUGCCCAAUACAUAUCAUAUAUCGAAUCUCUAAUAUUUAGUCUAAACUUCCCCAUUCGGAAAUUGACAUGGUUCUGCAUAGGACCGAAUUUGGUGGAUAAUCAAUUAAAAGUUUUUCCAAACAAAAAAAAGCGUAGUGGAAAGGAGAAGCGUUGUAAUUGGGUCUGGAGAAUUGAUGAAAGCAUUAUUAAAUUAGCAAUGGCGAUUGAUAAACAACGUAAGCCUUACAUGUAUUCAUAAGGAAAUAUGAAUUAUUUUAUCAGUAAAAUACUAUUACUAAUCAUACAAUAGGAAGAAGAACAUAUUCAAAAACAUGUUAGCACAAAAUAACAAAACAAGAAAAAUUAUUGCAAAAUUAUAUCAGAAUUUUGUAUAUUAAUCAACAAGGAUACAACUAGGAAAAAUAAAGCAGUCAUAUAAAUAAAAAAGCAA